UGCAACGUAACUCGACGUAGUUUUGCGCUUCCGCUUAGCCUGGCGAAGAUAGCGGACGAGCGGUCGUGAAAGUACCGAUGAAUUAACGUAAAGUCAGUGUAUAUUUGCUCAGGAACGUCCUAUUCUGGAGCAUCUAGAGUCCAUAUUUAGGAGACGAAAAUGAUCCGCUUUAUCCUCAUCCAGAACCGAGCGGGGAAGACACGAUUGGCCAAGUGGUAUAUGCAAUUUGAUGAUGAUGAAAAACAGAAGUUGAUCGAGGAAGUGCAUGCUGUGGUCACUGUCAGAGAUGCCAAGCACACCAACUUUGUGGAGUUCAGAAACUUCAAGAUCAUUUACCGGCGUUACGCUGGUCUGUACUUCUGUAUUUGUGUGGACGUGACUGAUAAUAACCUGGCAUACCUCGAGGGAAUCCACAACUUUGUAGAGGUGCUGAACGAGUAUUUUCACAACGUGUGUGAACUGGACCUUGUGUUCAACUUCUACAAGGUCUACACGGUGGUGGAUGAGAUGUUCCUGGCAGGAGAAAUCAGGGAGACCAGUCAGACCAAGGUCCUCAAACAGCUCCUCAUGCUCCAGUCGCUUGAGUAAACGACGGGCAGCCGUCUGUCCACUUCGUCUGCCGCCCUGGCUCCCAACUUCCUCCUCCUCCUCCUCCUUUUACUAUCCCUCUGGAAAGACCCCCCUAUCGUUUUACUGCUUCUGCAGAGCCACCACGUUAAGAGAACUUCAGUGAAGUAGGGGCCGGUUUAGAAUCUAAAUAACACAAUAUUGUUUACAUAUAAAUUCAACUAACCUGUUCAUCGUAUAUGUUGCAAUAGUCCGUAGCCCUCAUCCUGCGAAGGGUGUCAUCUCGUACGAAGGCUACACAGUACAUUCCACGUGUUAACAUUUCAUGCGUUGACUAAGUUACAGUCAACUUUAUAUUCUCGUUUCCCAAAGCCAGAGGCUGCAGAGAUUAGAAGUUAUUUCAUAUAGUAACCUGUUAGUGAUUAUAUCUAUGCAGUGUGACGCUGCUCUGUCCCGCCCUCCUCUUCCUCUCAUUUACCUAAACAUGUAUUUAAUGGCACUAAUUGAACCAACGAGCACCACAGCAAAAAGACGCCGCCCGCCACGAUCCACGCGCAGCGAGGCUUUCUGUAAAUCCACACGGAGAGCAGCCUAGGAGGAUUUAUGGUAUUCAUCCAUGGAUCACAGUACAAGCAAACCACAAGUCAAAAGCCCUUUAGAACAAUUGACCCGUUGAUAAUUAAAUGGAGAGUACUCAGAUUGAGUGCCAUUUUGACAGUGGUGUUACGGCAACCUGUGCCGUGCCAGACAUCCUCAAGGCUGAUGAUGAUAAACAGUGUGGUUUACAUUAGGUCAUUUGCUUGCACUUCGGAAGCUGUAAUGAUUUUCAUUGCAUCUAAAAAUGAUCUGGAUCAUUUGAGGCGACUCGUUCCGUGAAGCGGAGCUCGUCGGUCACUCUUAAAACACUUAAACCGCUCAGAUGGAACCAGACCGGGACGCAGAGAGUAUAUUUAACAUAAAGCAGUGAUGUGAAGUUUGCUUUGUGUGCUAUGGUGUGUACAUACAGUGAAUCCCAUGUUGAAUAUUGUGAAAUUAACACAUUCGUUACAAGCUUAUGAAGACAAACAAAUCACGUCCCUUUGGAUUUAAAUGUUGGAGAUUGUCGUGCUCUUUAAGUUUUUAAUUUGAACCAUAUCCAGUCACAAAAGGUGGUUUGACAUGUUGUUGAACUUUUGUAUUCUUUUUUUUUAAAUGAUUAGCCAGUAGUGAAAUAUGUACCACUCCCCUUCUUGUCCACAUGUGAGUUUGUUGAUGGAAGAUGUGUGUAUUGAUGUUUCCAGUUCAACUUCCUACAUCAUUUAGUCCCAUUUUGUGUAAAUAAUAAACAGAUGACAUGAUACAACCA